AUGUUGAAAAAGUGGCUACCGUCUUCCAAGAAGAAACAAAGCUCGAAGGGCUCCGCUGGUGGAUCCUCAGCUCCAGUUACGCCUUUGAAAGGUAACAACCACUUGAAUGUAGGUAACAAGAAAGGCAGCACGCCGACAAUCACACGAUCAGCCCCAAAUAAUGCUAUGAGAAGCAGUCCCAGCUUGCCGGAAUCCAAUAAUGACAGGCUUCGUGUAAAUAACAACAAUGACGCUAGAAAGGAUUCCUUCGGUAAUGCACAAGGACCUAAUCUGAAAUUAAAUAUCGUUGAGCCGCAAGAUGUUGGCACACAGUUGCAAAAAUUGAAUGGGGGCUUCAAUACCACUAAUUCCUCGAAUGAGAGUCUUCCUAGCGAACAUCUACACAAUCCAAUUUUAAAUACAGAACGGACAGAAUUAACGCCCUAUGGAGAUGGUUCAAAUAAGAUAUUCGGAUAUGAGAACUUUGGCAAUACUUGCUACUGCAAUUCAGUUUUGCAAUGUUUAUAUAAUCUACCCGAAUUCCGAAAUGAUAUGUUACGAUACCCAUUGGGACAACCAAAAAGCGGCAAAUCCAGGAAAUUAGAAAUGCCUGGAUUAAAGCCCAGAAUGUUUUUACCUGAACAUUUUGAACCACGACCAACCCAGGAAGUACCGAAAAAGAGUUCUUCAUUUAUAAAGUCUACUUUCUCAGCUGUGACAUCUUCACAAAGUAACCUCUUAGAAGACAAAGCUUCCCAACAAACAGAAAGACCGCUACCAAUUAAUUUGUCGACAAAAAGUUCCACCAAUAGUUUGAAUCAUGAUGCAGUAAAAAUGAGAUCUAAUUCUGAAAUUAACGUAGGUACAACUAAUGCAAGUAUUAGUAACGACAUUCCUAACACUGAAAUUAAUGAUAAUGGAGAUAGCCAUAGGCGUGAAAGCUGGGUUCCUAGAAAACAUUCAACAGAUCAUCCUGAUUUGACAGUUGAAGGACAACCAAAUAUCGAUAAGCAUCAUAGUAAGAGGGUGAUUGUCGGCCGGAAUUAUCCUAAGUUAUACUCAGCAGAAAACAGUGAUCAAAUAUUGCAAAACAAUAUUCAUUUAAAGUCAGAACAUCUAACAAAUGAACAAAGGAAAAAGUCAGCACUUAUUAACGGUCCAAUUGUGAAUGUUGAUCAUCAAAUUGACAGUUCCGCGGAAUCAAACCUUUAUAAUGGUUUGAAGGACAUUUUUGAAUGCAUUACGGAGCAUUCAUAUCUUACUGGUGUGGUGACGCCAUCGGCAUUCAUAGAAAUGCUAAAGAGGGAAAAUGUUUUAUUCAGCUCAAUGAUGCAUCAAGAUGCCCACGAAUUUCUAAUAUUUUUACUCAACGAAAUCAGCGACUUUCUAGAUAAACAAAAUAAAAAUGCUCUGAAUUCAAAAAUAUACGAUAGUUCUCAAGGGAGAAGAAAUAGUGGUACAGUCAAGAAUUUUGUUUCUGAUAUAUUUCAGGGAACGUUGACUAAUAGAAUAAAAUGUUUGACAUGUGAUAAUACCACAGCUAGAGAUGAGCCAUUCUUAGAUUUCCCUAUAGAAGUUCAAGAAAAUGUUGACAUUGAUAUUCAGGAAAUCCUUGAAAGCUUCCACCAGAAGGAAAUGCUUCAUGGUCCUAAUAAAUUUUAUUGUGAUGAAUGCUGCGGUUUACAAGAAGCUGAACGAGUUGUGGGUUUGAAACAACUGCCUAAGACCUUGGCACUGCAUUUAAAGCGGUUUAAGUAUUCCGAACAGCAAAACUCUAAUAUUAAACUGUUUGACAAAGUGAGUUAUCCCUUGGAUUUAAAAGUGUCAUCUACCUUCAAUCCAUCAAUCUCUAAAAACUAUGAAUUAUCAGGAAUUGUUGUGCAUAUGGGAGGUGGCCCUCAACAUGGUCAUUAUAUCUCUCUGUGUAAAAAUGAAAAGUUUGGUUGGCUGCUAUUUGAUGACGAAACUGUAGAAGCCAUUAGUGAACAAGCAGUAUUGCAAUAUACGGGAGAUAAGGAUACUAUGACUACCGCUUAUGUACUAUUUUAUCAGGAGUCGCAAAAAGAAGGAAUAAGUGUUGAUCACGAUACAAAUAUCAAUAAGUUAAUUGAAUAUGAUGACUGGCUAAGAACAAGACCACCAACCAUAAUAAAGGAAGAAGAAGAAGAAGAUACACCAAGCUCAGGGGAAGUUAUUGAAACAGGAAGAUCGGUUACAAAUGAAGAUACAAAGAAAAAUAAAACUGAUGUCAUUAUCGAUAAAGAGAAUGAUAAGGAAAAAAAGAACAAAUCUUCAAGACGUAAAUCAAAACUAUUCGGUUUUAUGAAAGGUUAG